UGGUUUUCUUUUCUUCUGUCAACUGAAAAUUUAAUUUUCAAACAUUUCUUCAAAAAAAUUCCAAUUUGUUUUCCAAUUUUUACUAAAAAAAAUGUCUGAUUUUGCUGAAAAUACUCGCAUAAUUAAUGCAGAAAAUCAAGAACAAUUAAUUGAAGCUCGAGAUGCAGAAGUUGAAAAAGUCGAAAAGCUUAAAUUCCUCUUGAAUUUACUUAAAAAUGCAAAUCUCCGUCAAGUCGACAUACCAGACAAAGAAGGACUCCAAAAAGCCAUCAAGAUUUUGAGAAUCCAAGAUUAUUUACGUUUAGAUGAUACAUCAUCGAAUUUAGAUCUAAAUGAAUGCAAGAGUGUUUCUUUAACCUACACCGAGCGAAAAGCAAUGCGAAAUUAUCUUAUUCGAAAGGUUUCUGAAGAUUGUGAUCCAAUUGUAAAGUUUGCACAGAAAAUCAAAGAAGAACUUCCAGAUGUUUAUGGAUUGGGUGAUAAAAAUAAACAAAUUCUCGAAUUGGAGUCAAAGAGACGAGAAUUGCAGUUGAAAUUGGCCGAAGUCAAGAAUAAGAAAUGUGCAAUGCUUAAAGCAGCUGCAGAUUUAAAAAUGGGUCCAUACAUGAAGAAUGAAUUGGAACUCAUGCUCUCCGAGCAUAAAUUGAAUCAAAUGAAAACUUCGGUUUUCCAAGGAUACAUUCUUAGUACUUUGUUUUCACCAAAGUAUACACGCACUGAGCAGCCAGUGACUAUUAAAGCGAUUAAGGAAGCUGAGAAGUUUGUGGAUGCUGCACUAGAAGCGGAGGAGUAAAUAUUAUUAUAAGAUUGUUUUGUUAAGGAUUAAGUUGUAGGUUUAAGUAGGAAUUUGUUAUUGAAAAUGAAAAGUUUAUACAAUUUAAUAGAACUCAUUAUUUUAAAGCUCUUGUCACAACUUUCUUAAGUUGAAUUUUUUACCAUUAUAAUGUUUACUUUUCUUAGUACUUUGGAAGUUAAAGUGUAAACAGAGUCGAAUAAUAGACGUAUAGAUUUUUUCAAAUGAAACUGCUUGAACGAUGAGGAGAAAAAACUUAAUAUUUUUCUCUUCUCAUGCCCUGAUCUUCAUACUUUAAAAUGGAAAUCUUCUUGUUCUCAUUAUUCAAGAGCAGGAAUUUAACUUAAACCAAUUUUAUAGUUUCUACGACUCCAUUCAGAUAAUAGUUUGCCUUCAUUUGUAAACUGAAACGGUCGUUACGUGGGAUUUAAAUGUUCCCAAUUCUAGUUCCUUUUGACUUUAUUGAUCAGACGCAGCUAGGGGAAGAUAAUACCAAGAUUUGCUAAUUCAAAUCACUUAAAUCAGACCCCAGAAACCCAUGUGGGUC